AGGGAUACGGAAUAGAUCAUGUCACUCUCCGGAUCCUUCCAAUACGUGCUCAUCCCAGCGGACGCUUCCCAGCCUAUCAAGAUAUGUUCGGCCGACAAGUCUGGAGGGUUGGAGAACGAUCUGCUCGUCAAAAAUGCAAAGAAUUUCUUUCACGAUCUCACAGGAUCAAGGGCGAGAGCGCAAAAAAUGGAAGAGGCCGGACCAGAGGAGCGGAAGGCACUGGCUGAUCAAAUUCGUCUACAACUUGACUCAUCGCCCGAUUUGACGGACCGACUGAAAAAUAUGGAUGACAAAUCUGUACUGGAUAUGGUAUACAAGUCGCAGGCCCAGCCUUCGUGCGACAUAAUGGCCUUGACAGUACCAUGCGCCGGUAACAAUUUUAAAGCAGUCAGCAUGUACUCGGCGGACAGUGCCAAACAGCACGGCCUGCCGCAGAACGGACGAGCAACGGCGUUGAUGACUGCGUGCGGACACGCAGCGGUCGACGGUGGUGUAUACGGCGACGCCUUUGUGGGACGUGCGUUGGACAAUGAAAACACUGAUGUUUGGGCCCGCAUUGAUUUUUUGCCCGCAGACGCGGAUCCCGGCGCCGACUGGUGUCGUGCGGCACGCGGUCAGGGGGGUGGCGGAGGGUCGGGGACGAAAGCCGCGUCGUCUCUCUCGAACUUGGUGACGCAACAACAAUUCGCAAUGCAAGGUAACGGCAACAAAGUGCAAGCUAUCGACGGUAUGCCAGGGUCGGAAACUAAUUCCUUGUUCGGGCUGAAUGGGGCUCCACCAGUACAAGAAACAUGGGGAACCUGGACGCAAACAGAUACGGAAGUAGAAUUGAAAUUUCCUGUGUCUAGUGGAACCAAGUCGAAAUAUUGCAAGCUCAAUUUUGGUAGAUUGAGGCUCAAAGUUACCGUGGCUGGCCAGGUGUUACUGCAAGGGUCUGUUUUUGACCCGAUACCGCCAGAUGAAUGCACUUUUACUUUACAGGAUGAAGGCAUUGGUCGUGAAUUGUGUGUCACUUUAUACAAAACGGAGCCUCGCACCUGGUCGUAUAUUGUAAAGUAG